AGAAAGGGGGGGGUUCUGGCUCCGAAUGCCACGCAAAGGGUUGACCAGACGCGUUUAAACGUCAGAGCCCCGUGCGCCUUGGCCGGGAGGGAACCCCUGCGCUCGCGUCGUGGACCAUUCCUCCGUUCAUCUACAUCCAGACGAGGUGCGAACAACGCGCAGCGCCAGACGGACCAGAGUUGUUGGCUGGCGUGGACACACAGCGGAGCGCACAACUCGCCGUCUCUGAGCUACGCAACUCCAGCACAGAUGGAUAUUUACAUCGCCUUGUUACUCUGCUCGCUUUUCACCGAACCAGCGUUUGGUUUCGGAUCAGAUCAAGAUUACCAGCUUGAUAUCAUCAGCGAACUUGACCUGGCGAACGCCACUUAUGGAAUUACCCAAGUGGCAGGACUUCACAACGGCAGUAAAGCCUUCCUGUUUCGAGAUGUUGGGAGGGCAGUUCACGCCCCGCCACACAUCACAGAGAAAGUGGUGCAACUUUUCAGGAGUAAAAGCGAAUUCACCUUCUUGGCCACCAUCCAACAGAAGUCCUCCACAUCAGGAGUCAUAUUCUCCAUCCACGAGUCAGAACACAGGUGCAGGAAGACGUCUUUGCUAAAUCGGGGUCUCAAUGAAUUUGAGACAGCGGGCUAA